AUGUCUGGAAUUUUUGAGUGCCACUCAGUGACAGAAACACUCCCUAAAUGGAUCUACUACCAAUUUCCCAAAGAAAUGCUAUCUGGAAUCUUAGUGGGCGGAGCCACCGGUUGUAUGAAUGCAAUUGUCACUUUUCCUGCAGACUAUGUGAAAACUCAAAUGCAAUUAAUUGGGAAGUCGAAUGGUAGUAGAUUUUCCAGACCAUUUGAUUGUGUUAGAGAAACUAUAAGAGCUCAUGGAAUUGCUGGGCUUUAUAAGGGGUUGCCUAUUGUUGUAAGCGGAAAAUGUGCAGCAAUGUCGUGCAGGUUCGGGACUUCUGAACUUCUGAAAAGUCAGAUAUCUGAUGAAAAUGGAGCAUUAUCUCACUCUCAAAAAGUUCUCUGUGGACUGGCCGCCGGCUUAGCUGAAGCAGUUUUUGUCGUCACUCCAUUCGAGACUCUAAAAGUGAAAUUCAUUCAAGACCAAGGUUCCCAGCAUCCAAAAUAUCACGGAAUUUCUCAUGAAACCAGAGUUAUACUAAAAACAGAAGGGCUUCUUGGUGUCUACAAAGGUGUGGGAGCUACAACUCUAAAGGUUGGCUGUGAUCAGAUGAUGCGAUUUGUCGCCAUGGAACACCUGAAAGAAUUCUACAAAAGUGGAGAUAACACAAAAGGAAUAUCAAAGCCUAUGCUAGGAAUCAUGGGUGCUGUUGCCGGUGCAUUGACCGUUUUUGCAAAUACCCCCAUUGAUGUGGUUAAAACUAGAAUGCAAAGUCACGAGGGUGGAGAGUUCAGAAAUUCUUUCCAUUGUGCUCGAACGAUUUGGAGAGAGAACAAGUUUGCAGGAUUCUAUAAAGGAACAACUCCCCGACUCUCCAGAGCUUGUCUAGAGGUGGCUUUGACUCAGAUGCUUUAUGAUUUCUUCUCUAAACAAUUCGAAUAUUACUGGGUUAAAUAA